CAAAAACAAAGAACACGAACACCACUACACAAACCAAGAUUUAAUCUUUGGCCACAUGUGGGGCGAUGUCGGUGCUAGCGCACACGCGUCAACACACGCUUUAAUGAUCACUCUCUUUUGUCUAUAUUUUGAUGCUCACCGUUGAGACAGGGAUGGACAACAAACAGAUUAAUCAGAGCAUGAUGUCGAUGGAUGAGUUGAUGCAAAUUGUCGAAGAGGAGUUGGAGUCGGAGAAAUUGAGAAUUUUUGCCAAGGUCGAAGAGGAGAUUGAGUCAACGAAAAGGAGCAUACGUGGUAAAUUCAAGAGAUAUCUCCAAGAUGGGAAUCGGAGCAAGAUGAAACUGGAGUUGAGGAACGGCAUUGCUCCAACAAUCUUGACCGGCGAGGAGAUCAGAGGAGAAGGAGAUGUUCCUAUUGAGGUGGCUCUUGUUGAUGACGUGGCAGGAGUUGUUGUAGACGAUGAACCAGAGGCCUCUGCACAUGUCCAACUCUUUCUUCUCAAAGGCAAGCCAGAUGCUUCCCAAGGAGAUGACUGGACGGCUGAAGAAUUCUCCGCGAGCAUUGUGGAAGGAAAGCAGCCUAUUCUUGCAGGCAACGUAGCUCUGCAGCUGCACAGAGGCGUUGCAGUCGUGAGGAACGUCAAGAUCAGACACCGCGCGAGCAAGAUAAAGCCACCGGAGUUCAAGUUAGGCGCGAGGGUUGUUGGGGAUUGUCGCGUCAAGGAAGCCAAGACAGAGGCCUUCACCCUCAAGGAUUUCCGCGCCAAAUAUUACAUUAAACACGAGAACCCGUUUCUAUCUGAUGAAGUAUCGAGGUUAGUUUGUAUUCGCAGAGGUGGUAAGAUCAAUGGACGUCUUCACAAAAACAAGAUCUAUACCGUGGAGGAUUUCCUAAUUCAGCUCCUCAUAAAUCCUCAACGCCUCAUGAGUAUUGUCAAGUGCCCUGCAAAGAAGUGGGAGGCCAUUGUCAAGAAUGCUAAAGCAUGCCUAAGCAGUGAAAGGAUGUACUGUUACAUAGAUCCGAAGCAGAAGACAGGCGUGGUGUUCAACAUUCUAGGAGACGUGCUAGGACUAUGUUGGGGAAGCUACUACUACUCUUACACAAGCACGCCGUCACUGUCAGAAAAACAAAAGGCUGAUGCUGAGAAACUGCUGGCAUCUGCUUACCAAAACUGGAAGGAGGUGAAGGCCUUUGAUGAUCUCAACUCUCUAGAGCAGCACCUAGCUGGUUUGGGUCCACAAAUUGCAUCCUUGGAUGAUGAGGAUGUAAAUGUUAUAUAUGAAGCUGCGAUGCAAUGUAUCCACGCCUGGCCUUGCAGUCCUCGCCACGAUGAAGCUGAGUCUCAGAUAGUUGGUAAUAGCAGCGAUUCACCGAGAAGGUGGAGGAAACUGUUGUGUGUAUCCAAAUGGAUCUCAGUGAGGAGAAGAGUUAGUCCCCACCCAAAGAAGCAGAGACUUGCUUAACGAUAACCAAAAUUCUGAGACUUCUCAAUGGAUAUAUCAUUACUUUGUCUUCUUUUAAGUUACACGGACUGCCCCACAGACCAACCUUACGAAUCAAUAACUUUAUCACAUUUGUCAUUA